AAUGCCAUGAGUCACAACACCGAAUUAUUUAAAUCAACAGUGACCAACUUCGAGCCAAGUAUGAUACCUCCAUGUCAGAGUGAGCUGCAGCAACAUUUAUUGCGUACUAUGUAUAUCAGUAGCAUGUGGUGUAGAGCCACCGAAUACGCAACCACCAUAUUAAAUCCACUUGAUUACGGAUGGAUAUUGAAAAGCGAACAACAGUACGGUAUUGAAUGGUUUAAAGGGGACCAAAUGCCAGACACCGUUAUUGAUAUUUUAAAUGCAUCAGUUGAAGAAGAAACAAAUAAAGACGUCUUGUUAGAGCCAUCGAUUGAAAAAAGUUAACGUUUUGGUGUAAAUUGUAGCCAUGCAAAAGUAGCAAUAAAAAUUACAUUAAACAAAAAUACUUUCAACUUAUGAAACUCCCGAACAUCGUGAUACUG